GAUGGGGCGGGCGGGGGGCGUUGCGCAAAGCCGUGGACUGCAAUAAACGCCUUCUCGGUUCUGUCCGACGUGAGCGAGGCUUUUGGGAGGAGGGGGACCGUCACAGCACCCCGACACCCCCGCCUUCCCGGGAUCGGCGUCUCGGCCCGCGGGUCCCCGCUGCUGCCGUUUAUUUGUGGCCGCCGAGAAGUGAGAUAAGGUCCUAUAUUUAACACUGGGCAUUGGCAGCCACAGCCGGAGGGAGGAGUGAAAUCGCAGUGACCCCCCAGCUACCAAUGAAACAGAGAGGGGGGAUGCUGUGGGGGGCUUUUUUUCCCCCCGCUGGCUCGCGGUGCCCGGCCGGGCACGGUGGGACACUUUCCAAAGAGCAGCAAAACCGCGGUGCGGCGGGGACGGGCAGCAGCGGCCGGCGCUCCCUGUACGGGGCCUUUAAGAGGAGGGAGGGGUGUCCCGGUGCCGCCUAAAAUUAGUGUCUGUCCCCCCGCCUCCCCCUCGUCCCGGCUGGAUUCCCUUGUCACGCCACAGUGUCCCUCGCCGGUGCCGGGACUGCAGCCGCUUCCCUCCCGGCCGGCCGGAGGGCUGCAGCCCAGGGACACCCUCUCCAUGCUCUGCUCAGGCUCUGCCCGCAAGCGAGGCCCCUCAGCCGUCCCCAGCACCAUGGUGAGGAACGUGGACGACUUUGACUUCUGCCUGCCUUCGCACGCCCAGGGUGUGCUGGAGGGGCUGCAGCGGCUGCGUGCCAACCCCAAGCUGGCGGAUGUGACACUGGUGGUGGGUGGGCGGGAGUUCCCCUGCCACCGCAGCGUCCUGGCCCUCUGCAGCCCCUACUUCCACGCUAUGUUCUCUGGCAACUUCGCUGAGAGCAUCGCAGCGCGGGUGGAGCUGAAGGAGGUGGACCCCGUCGCGCUGGAGAUGCUGCUUGACUUUGCCUACACGGGGAAGGUCACCAUCAACCAGGGCAAUGUGGAGGGGCUGAUGCGGACCUCCAGCCAGCUCCAUUUCCCCACCAUCCAGAAGGUCUGCAGCCGCUACCUCCGGCAGCAGAUGGACGUCACCAACUGCCUCGGUAUCUGCGAGUUCGGUGAGAGCCACGGCUGCCCUGAGGUCUCCUCCAAGGCCUGGUCUUUCUUGCAGGAGAAUUUUGAAGCCGUCUCUCUGCAGGAGGAGUUCCUCCAGCUGUCCAAGGAGAGGCUGGCAGUCUACCUCUCCAACGAUCAGCUGCAGCUACAAGAGGAGCAGAGCCUGGCCGAGGCCGUGCUGCGCUGGGUACGCCAUGACCCGGGGCCUCGUGCCCAGUUCCUGCCUGAGCUGCUGGAGCUGGCCCACCUCGUCUCAUUGCCCAACCAGUACCUGCAGAACCUGCUUGUCACUGAGCCUCUUGUCCGUGACUCCGAUGCCAGCAAGGCCCUUGUCGCCCGAUCAUGUGCCACAGGGCAGAGCGGUACUGAUGCCCAGAAGAACCCUCCAACCCCACCACAGAAGCUGGAGGAGGUACUAGUGGUGGUUGGAGGCCGCAUGCUGGAGGAUGAGGAUGGGGGACUGGAGAUGCCAGCCACUCCCAGGAACUUUGCCUUCUACAACCCCAAAAGCAGGCGAUGGAUGGCUCUGCCUGACUUCCCUGAUUACAACAAGUGGGGUUUUUCCCUGGUGGCGCUGAACAACGAUGUGUACGUCACAGGUGGCUCCCGGGGGUCCCAGAAUGACACGUGGUCAACGACCCAAGCCUGGCGUUUCUGCCCCAGGGACGGCAGCUGGAAGCCCAUCGCCGCCAUGCUGAGAGCCCGGACGAACCACACCAGCGCCGUCCUCAACGGCGAGAUCUACGUCAUUGGGGGGACGACCCUGGAUGCGGUGGAGGUGGAGCGCUACGACCCCUACACCAAGAGCUGGUGCGCCAUCAGCCCUGCCCUCAAGUACGUGAGCAAUUUCGCAGCCGCCAGCUGCUCGGGCAAGCUCUACCUGGUGGGCUCCUGUGCCGUCAAGUACAACGCGCUCACCCUGCAGUGCUACAACCCUGUGCAAGAUUUGUGGAGUGUCAUCACAUCCCCCUUCAUCCCCAAGUACCUCUCGGCGCCACGCUGUGCCACCCUGCAUGGGCUCAUCUAUCUCAUUGGGGACAAUACCAAGAAGGUCCACGUGUAUGACCCAGAGGCCAACAUCUGGCAGAAGGUGCAGCUCUUGCACACGCUCCAUGAGAACGGUGGGAUGGUGCCGCUGGGCGACCGGCUCUUCGUCACCGGUGGCCACUGGAAGGGCAUGGACGGGGACUACCGGGUGGAGAUGGAGGUGUACGACUGCACCAAGGACCUCUGGACGCGGGAGGGCUCCCUGCCCUGCCUCUGGCUCUUCCACAGCUCAUCUUCCAUCUUCCUGGACACGUCCAAGUGGACGGAGGCUUUCCAGGGCAACCCGAGGUGGUAGGAGAGGCCGUUGGCACCUCACGCAGCUGCACUCCCUCUCUUGCCUCUCUCCACGCUGCCAGUUCAGCUCUGUAGGGUGGGGGAUGGAAACCCCUCUGCCAUGCUGGCUGGGCUGUUGGGAGUGUGUCCUCCCCCACUGCCACGGGGAAAAGGCUUUUCCUUAUAAACGUGCUUUGGCUGAUGCUC